GGUAGCAGCCUGGUCUGGUUCAACAGAUAACAGUUGAAAAAAACGUGCUGAUCUGAUAAUAUAUCACCAUUCACCAUUCACCGUUUAUUUACCAAUUGCUUGCUUGUUAAGUUCAAAGUUGUAGACACAGUGCACAGACGACUUCUAUAUUAUAACACUGUAUUGUUUAGAAGUCUGUGGUCGGUUCAACUGUUGAACGUUUGAUUUAAAUAAUUUGUAGUGAACGCCGAAACACGUCUUGUGUUAUUGCACUAAACUUAGUUCGUAACAGUCUUUCUUAAUCUAAUUACUGUCGUUCCGAAAUUCAGGAUGGGAAAAGUACGUAGGUACAAGAAGAAAUUAGCUAAAGCCGCAGAGGGGACGACGAACGUCAGUGGUGGAAAUGAAGAACAACCGGAACAAACCAAUUAUUUGGAAUUGGCUGAAGAGCUAAUGAGAAUGAAGAAAGACGAUGACAAGAUGAGCGUCUGUUCCGUGAUGAAGAGUGUCAAAUCCUGUGGUGGCGGUGAAUCUCUGAAAUUGAAAAAGGACGCAAAGCGUUACUUGAAACAUGCAUUCCUAAUAAAAAAGCUUGGGGUGACUCAGAAAAAGUUGAAAAAGAGGAAGAAAAAGUCUAAUGACGAUGACGACAGUGAUGAUGACAACAAUGAUCAUGGUGACAUUGAAAUGAGCAACCAAAAAGUACUCGAUUGGCCAGUCGGAAAAACAAAUAAUAACGAUACACGAGGUGCUCCUGUUAAAAAACACGGAAAAGGAUGCAAAAAGAAACAGAACGCCCAACUAGCUAAAGAUUUGACGUUGUUUUCCAAAAAAAUUAAAAAGCAAUUGAAACACCCGGAUCAAAAUGUUUUCAAGACAUAACUUUUUUUUUUUAUACUAAAUUUUUAACGUCUGUAUUAAAAUUAAAAAUAUAUUUUAAGUUAUAACAAU